ACCGUGCCCGUGUGCGGGCUUGUGUCUCACAGUGUCCACAUUGGAAAGCGAUCCGAGCGGCAGCCUGGGAACUAGUAAACAAACACAGCCAAGCGGUGCGUAAAGGCUGCGUGUGCGCUGCGCCGGGACCAAGCGAUUACAAGAGGAGCCCCCUUCAUUAUUGUGCGCUUGAGCAAGGACCAGGAUAUCUUAAUUGGACAUGUGAGUUGCGGGAGUGUAACAAGACUAUCGUCACACCUCUCUCCAACAUGAAGUUCCUCGCCUGCGUCCUCGCCACUUUGCUGCUCAUCCGAUCCGCUGCAACGCAGUCAGUUUGUCCAGGUACAGAGAACAAGCUGAGCACCCUUUCAGACCUGGACCAGCAAUACCGCACCCUGAAGAAGCUCUACGAAAACUGUGAAGUUGUCAUGGGCAACCUGGAGAUAACCAGCAUUGAUCGGAACCGCAACCUCUCCUUCCUCAAGUCAAUCAGAGAGGUGACGGGCUACGUGCUGGUGGCUCUGAACCAGUUUGACUACCUUCCACUGGAGAACCUGCGGAUCAUCAGAGGUACAAAGCUGUAUGAAGGCCGCUACGGGCUUGCCAUUUUCCUCAACUUCAGGCGAGAUGGGUACUAUGGAUUGAGGCAGCUGGGCCUUCGUAACCUCACAGAGAUCCUGAACGGGGGCCUUUACGUCGACCAGAACAAAUUCCUGUGCCAUGCAGACACCAUCCAUUGGCGUGACAUCAUCAAAAAACCCCAGGCGGAGCUACUGGUGGUGCCAUCCAACAACAGCAACCUUGGAUGCAGACGCUGUGAUCGCUCGUGUAACGGACGGUGCUGGGGUCCUCAGGACGACCAGUGUCAAUCCUUGACGAAGACAGUGUGCGCAGAGCAGUGUGACGGUCGAUGCUUUGGGCCGUACGUCAGCAACUGCUGCCAUCGCGAGUGUGCUGGUGGCUGCUCGGGACCCAAGGACACAGACUGCUUCGCUUGCACCAAUUUCAACAACAGUGGUGCAUGUGUGACCCAGUGCCCUCAGCCAGUUGUGUAUAAUCCCACAUCGUUCCAGCUGGAGCACAAUCCUAGAGCGAAGUAUACCUAUGGAGCCUUUUGUGUCAAGAAAUGCCCACAUAACUUUGUGGUGGACCAUAGCUCCUGUGUCCGAGCGUGUCCUAGCAACAAGAUGGAAGUGGAGGAGAACCGCAUCAAAAUGUGCAUUCCCUGCACAGACAUCUGCCCUAAAGUGUGUGACGGCAUCGGGACAGGCAUCCUGCAGACCGCUCAAACAGUGGAUGCCAGCAAUAUUGAUAAAUUUGUCAACUGCACUAAAAUCAAUGGCAACCUGAUCUUCCUCAUCACUGGCAUUAAAGGGGACAUGUAUCAUGGUAUUGGACCGCUGGAUCCUGAGCGCCUCAACGUGUUCCACACUGUGAAAGAGAUCACAGGUUACCUCAACAUCCAAUCGUGGCCUGAGAACAUGACUGAUCUGAGUGUUUUUUCCAACCUGGCAACCAUAGGCGGGAGAUCCCUUUACAGUGGAAGCGGUAUCUCCCUGCUGAUCUUGAAACAACGCUGGAUCUCCUCGCUGCAGUUCCAGUCGCUGGAUGAGAUCAGCGCCGGCAACGUCUACAUAUUCAACAACAGCCGCCUCUGCUUCUACAAUACCGUCAACUGGACAUCGUUGUUCCGGACGCCUACCCAGAAAGUGCUUAUCCGCAACAACCGAGACCCGAAGGAAUGCACUCAGCAGCGCAUGGUGUGCGAUAAGAUGUGCUCUGACGAAGGCUGCUGGGGCCCGGGGCCAGACCAGUGUCUCUCCUGCCGCUACGUCAGGCGGGGCCGCAGCUGCGUUGAGUCCUGCAAUCUUUUUCAUGGGGAAGUGCGUGAAUUUGCCAAUGGAUCUGUGUGUUUGGAGUGUGAUAGCCAGUGCGAGAGGAUGGACGGUAACGCCAUGACGUGUCUCGGCCAGGGUCCGGACCAGUGUGUGAGCUGCCUCCACUUCAAAGACGGGCCCAACUGUGUGGAGAAGUGCCCCGACGGCCUACAGGGAGCCAACAGUUUCAUAUUUAAGUACGCCAAGGCCAACAACGAGUGUCAUCCCUGCCACGCCAACUGCACCCAGGGGUGCGCCGGGCCCAGACUCCAAGAUUGUGUUGGGAUGAUGGACAGGACGCCCCUCAUCGCCGCCGGAAUCAUCGGCAGCCUGUUCAUCAUCGUCAUUGUGGCGCUCAGUGUUGCCGUCUAUGUUCGGCGAAAAAGCAUAAAAAAGAAGAGGGCCUUGCGUCGCUUCCUAGAGACCGAGCUGGUAGAGCCCCUGACCCCCAGUGGAACAGCCCCCAACCAGGCUCAACUGCGCAUCCUGAAGGAGACUGAGUUAAAAAGGGUCAAGAUUUUGGGCUCGGGGGCUUUUGGAACAGUCUACAAGGGCAUCUGGGUCCCAGAAGGAGAGACGGUGAAGAUCCCAGUGGCUAUUAAAAUCCUAAACGAGACCACGGGCCCCAAAGCCAACGUGGAGUUCAUGGACGAGGCGCUGAUCAUGGCCAGCAUGGAACACCCGCACCUGGUGCGCCUACUGGGCGUCUGCUUGAGCCCCACCAUCCAGCUGGUCACUCAACUUAUGCCACACGGCUGCCUCCUCGACUAUGUGCACGAGCACAAGGACAACAUUGGGUCGCAGCUGCUGCUCAACUGGUGCGUCCAAAUCGCCAAGGGAAUGAUGUACCUGGAAGAAAGGAGACUGGUCCACAGGGACUUGGCUGCCCGCAAUGUCCUGGUAAAGUCACCCAAUCACAUCAAGAUCACCGACUUCGGCCUUGCACGGCUGCUCGAUGCUGACGAGAAGGAGUACAAUGCAGACGGGGGCAAGGUCAGUAUGCCUGUUAAAUGGAUGGCUCUUGAGUGCAUCCACUACAGGAAGUUCACUCAUCAGAGCGAUGUGUGGAGUUACGGAGUGACCAUCUGGGAGCUAAUGACAUUUGGAGGCAAACCGUAUGAUGGAAUAUCAACGCGGGAGAUCCCAGACAUCCUAGAGAAAGGAGAGCGCCUGCCCCAGCCCCCCAUUUGCACUAUAGAUGUCUACAUGGUCAUGGUCAAAUGCUGGAUGAUUGAUGCCGACAGUCGGCCCAAAUUCAAGGAGCUGGCUGCUGAAUUCUGCAGGAUGGCCCGGGACCCACAACGAUACCUAGUCAUCCAAGGAGAUGAUCGUAUGAAACUGCCCAGCCCCAACGAUAGCAAGUUCUUCCAGAGCCUUCUGGAUGAGGAGGACCUGGAUGACCUGAUGGAUGCUGAGGAGUACCUGGUGCCUCGUGGUUUUGACACAGCUCAUUCAUCAUACCCAACAAGACCUCGUGUUGACUCAAACAGAAACAAGUUUGGCUAUAGAGAAGGAGGGCCAAAACUUUCAGAGGGUCCUCUGUCAGGGUCCCAGGCCAGUGUAAAACAGGAAGCCACCGGCAGCCAGGGCCCCAUCGCAGACGACCAGCGCUGCAAUGGGAACUUGCAUAAGAAGAGUCCAAGCCAAGCAGGGGGCGAAGACAACGGGGGACAGAGAUACAGCGCUGACCCCACCAUCUUCCUUGGGGAGAGGAUCUCCAGGGAUGAGGAUGAGGACGGCUACAUGACCGCCAUGAAAGACAAGAAUUCUUCAGAAUACCUGAAUCCAAUUGAGGAAAACCCCUUUGUGUCACGGCAUAAAAAUGGGGAGAUCCAUGCGUUGGACAAUCCAGGCUACCACAGCACACCCAGCAGUCAGCCCAAAGGAGAGGACGAGUACAUCAACGAGCCCCUCUACUUCAACACCUUCCAUAGCACCGCAGAGACCCUGUGGAGAAACGGUCUGCCUCUUCCCUCCCAGCAUCCCUCUUCCAUCUCAGUCACCACCUCAGGGUCCCACCUCCCACUUAGCAUCCAGACCAGCAUCCCCCACUACCCUCUCCCCACAGCUCAGCCCUCUCCAUCUGGUAUAUCCUGCCAUCAUGGUACACUGACCCACAUCCUCCACACCCACCACGCCGUCAAACCUGCAGGAAAGGCUGGCAUUCCCAGUGGUGUUUCCACCGGUCAGAGCCAAACAGGAACUACUGCCCUGGCUUCGGUGUGCCAGUCAGGUGUCCCAUCCACUGCGGCCCCCGUUGGGCACGGCAACCUGCCAGCCUACCAGAGCCACACGGCCUUGCAGUCUGCCAGCCUGCUGAAGCACGGUGGACAGACAGCAGGUAAAGCCGCUGGGAAGAAGCUGAAGGUAACCUUUGACAAUCCGGAGUACUGGCAGCACAGCUUGCCGCCCAAACCAUCUGACGGUUCCCAGAGUGGGUCCGCCAAUGCUAAGCUCUUUUACAAGCAGAACGGACACGUACGGCCAGCAGUAGCUGAAAACCCUGAAUACAUGUCUGAGUUUUCCCUGAAAUCUGGCCCUGUUCUGCCGCCUCCUCCCUACCGGCAAAGGAAUACUGUGGUCUAAAUUUAGCCUCAAUGUGACCCCAGCCUCUCGAAACCUCUCCAGUUACCCAUCCAGAGCUGCCACAAAUUCCUCCCCUAUCCUUUCAAGACUGUAGCAACACCGGACCCAAACCAAGAAGACCAAUAUCAAAUAUAUUUCUGUCCUGUAGAUAAAGACUGUGAUCUUAGACACCCGGAUUGUGGAGUACCACACUGUAGCAGGUAUUACGGUCAAUUCCUGCAAAACACUUGGUGUCUAAACCCACUGCCAGCAAUUCUGCUGUGUCCAUUGGAAAAGCGGAACAGCACUUUUUUUUCUUCUUUUUUUUUAUCCCCAAUGCAAAACUAUAUUUAUGAACACAUAGGUAUUCUACACUAAUUAACCCAAGAAAGACUUGAAACAGACUUGGCUACAGGAAGAGGAGAGUAAAGGACAAACAAAUGGAGGAAACAAGUCUGAAAGCUGAUCUAUCAUGUUCAUAUUUUUAUGGGUAGUAUUUAUACUGUAAUGUAGUUUGUUUCAUAAGGGAGGUGAAAACCCCCAACAUGCAGAGGACAGCAGCUGAUGACAUCUUGUUAAACCAUCCCUAAAGUAAUGGUAGACGGUAGCAAAGAAAUCAAAGCUAUCUCUAUGGGCCAACCAAAGCUGGAUAAUGGAAAUACAAGGAGCAGUUUUCUAAUGUGAAUUUAGAGGGGAAAAAAUGUACAUAAAAAAUACUGUACUAUAUUUUAAAACCUGUCAAGACAAAACCUCCUUCUCUGAAAUGCUACAGUAUAUUUUUACACAAAAACCUUAUACUUCGCCAUAAUUGCUUAACAGUAGGGUGGGGCAUGUUAUUUUCAUAAGUCAUUCAUUAACCCUUUUUGGGCCAUGCAAUUAUAUUCAAUUUGGUAUUCAGAAUAGACCUUGUCUCUCACUAUAAUGUAAUUAAACCUCUUUUCUUAUCCUAGUCAGACAAGAAGGCAAAAUACUAAUUAGAAAGUUAAUGCUUUUAAGUAAAUAAAUAUAAUUAAAUACUAUUGUACAUCAAUUUCAUAAAAUAUAACAGGUCACAAAAAUGUAAGUCUUCUAAGAUUGAGAAAGUUAGAUUUAAAAAUUCUUAAUAUUAAAAAAAGCGGAUAAGAAAGGAGGGAAAUAGAGUAACUCCAUAAAUACUUAUUUUUGUAAUAAUUGAAGUGCGUUACCUACAAAACAAAUAUCAGAACACAACUCCAAUGGUGCAUUAUCAUGUUGGUUGAUAUAUAUGAUAACAACUAAGUGAAAAUGAGAACGUUUUUGACCUGCAAAAAUGGCUGAAAUUGCUGUAAUACAGUAUGCCAAUUAUUGGUACCGUCACUUUGUAAAGAAAGACUACCUCACAGGUGGCAAACUCAAGGCCUGGGGGCCAGAUCCGGCCCGCCACAUCAUUUUAUGUGGCCCGCGAGAGCAAAUCAUGUGUGUCAACUUCCAUGAUUCUUGCUAAAAUCUGUUCCAAAUUGUUGUAUAAUAUUCAUAUGUAAUAAAUAGUAAUGAAUUAUUUUAAGCAUGUUUUGCCUCCAACCCCCUUUUACAGUUACUUGAACAAUAGUUGAACAAACCAUUAUCCUUGACUUCUGAUUUCAAAACUAGUUAUCCAUCAAUUUGUUGUCUAUGUGUAAUAAUAUAAUGAGGCGAUUAAACAUUGAUAUGGUUUUACAAUCAUAAUGGCCCUCUGAGGAAAACUGUAUCUACAAUGUGGCCCACGACAAAAAUGAGUUUGACACCCCUGGACUACAAGCACAUAUACCAACUGCUUGUCCUUUCACUCUAAUCCAAAACUGUUAUUGUCUUGGUUGUGGUGUACUUUGGCACAGACUGAACACUUACCAUGCUCAUGUUGUUCUCCUUUUUUACAGAUAUUCAACAUUUACAUGAUUAUGAUAACAUCUACUUGAGAGAAUGUGUUCAUUUUUGAAUUUCCUAAACAUCAUGUACAUAAAUGCCCAACAUAGUUGAGUUUUUAUCCAUUUUAAGUUAAAAAAUAGUUGUGUUUGAUUCCCUUCCACUGUAAUUCCUGACUCUUGAUGUGUCUGUGUGCAAGCCUACACUCAAUGCUGCUCCAUCAUACAGCCAUUAAUUAUUCUUUCGUCUGCCAAGUCGCACGUUUCAAAGAAAAGGCGUCAAGCCAAACAAUGCCAUUCUUUUACUUCCCCUUAUGAGGAUCAGCUUUGUCACUGAAUCAGCUCAUCAUCUGGGCCUCCCGACUUGUUUUUUUUUUGCGAAGGUUGUUUAUUUUGUGCAUGUGUUCAUAUCCAAACCUCCCCAUGAAACACUUUAAUCAAAGUGCGGGUGGGAAGAUACUUCUUCCAGAAAUAUCCAACUUGUUUAUGUGCUCGUUCACAACUUCAGAACUAGGAGCAUUAGCAAAGAUCAGUGGCACGUCGUCAGCCAAGAGUUCAUGAAGGAAACACUUUUGGGGGGGGGGAUGAUCGGCUUCAAGAAUAUAUUCUAUUUAGAGAAAGUGUGUAUGUGUCUGCGUGCGUGCGUGUUCCAAACAGUAGUCAUAAUCUUUCUUUGAUGGUGUCAUGAUUAUUUAAUGAAGGAGUAUUUUGUAAUCCCUUUUGGAGUUGCAACUCAUUGAAAUGGAGACAGUAUUUAAUGUCAAGUGUGAAAUAUUUAUAGCCCGUUUGAGCUUGUUUAUAUGGUGCAAUGGAAGUAACUGACAAAUGUGGGUUUCAAGGAACGAGAAAAAGUGACGACGAUGAUAAAAAGCCACAUCCAUGUACAUUUGCCCAAAAUCAUUGCGCAAUGUCCUGAAUCAAGAGUGAGACCGAGGACACUGCUAGCCUCACAUGUGCUCUUUCUGCAGUCUGGAAAACUUCAUCUUCUUAAACUAACCACAACUCUUCUUAGAAGCAAUAAUUUCCUCUCUUGCGUAUUUCUCGUUUCCAGGCAUGUUUCACUUCAUUGUCGGGCUGAGCUAUCUUCCAUAUAUCCACUCAUAUCCUUAUCUAUUUUGUUUACGCCAUGUAAUCCCCUUUGGUGUUUCCUAUGCGUUGUGUAAUCUCCAGGGUUCCUUUUGUUUCCUGCCCCGCCGUGAUAUCAUCAUCCAUGUUUUCUUAAGCCCAAGUGAGCAGCUUCUGUGUUGCAAGUGGUAUCCAUCUCUUCCUUUCUUUACAUCAUAUGAUCUGUUUUCAUGUGUCCUUGACCAAAUGUGGUCUUCUUCCCUGUGUCCUUUACACCAUGUGAUCCCCUUCCAUGUUUCCUUUUGGAAAUGUAUUUUGCUUCCGUUUUGUUUACGGCAUUUCUUUCUGUUUUAUUUACGCCAUGUGGUCUUUACAAGUUUCCUUCAUGCCAUUGGUUCUCAUUCUUUAUAUGCCAAGGUGUAGAGCCAUGUAGCCAUGUGCCAACAUAAACUAUUGACUUACCAUUGUAUCGUUGACGGGAUUACUGUCCUAUCAAGUAUGUUUAUUGAAAUCACUAGCACAAACUGAAAAUCCUGAUUUCUUGCCACCUAAUGUAUAUGUAUAAUCUUGAUUCCUCGGUUGUUUGGGGUGUUUUUCAAGGUAUUUUAUCCCCAUUGGGGUCCUCUAAUUAUUUAAUGUUCAAUUUUUGUUGUUGUUUGAACAGUAAUUGCACAAAUCACUGCUGUUAAAUUAAUUUCCUGGGUUAAAAUAUAACUGUACAGAAUCUUUGGGGUAACUAACGCACUUCAAAUGUGAAUAGUAUUUUUAUAAAAGCACUGAAAUAAUGAUGGGCAAUGGAAAAUUGUAAGUAGAGGGUGUUCCUUGGGAGUUAUACUGUUUUGUCCUUCUGCAGUUUCCUCCUGCUUAUAGCUACUGUACACGCACAAAAAGCGAACAGUCAUUCAUAAUUGCUUUAUGCGAAUUUACGUUUUGACAAAUGGGGGGUUGUAUUUAACAUGCUUGUUAACCCUUUCUUGUGAGCGAGGUUUCCCCCCUUGGCACUGUCAAACUGAAAAGGUGGGCUUCCAGGAAACCACCAUAAACUGUUCCUCUCAAUUGUUUCUGAGCCAACUCCCACAUCUUCCUCAUUUGAAUGGCCCAGCACAACCUGUUUUCUCUUCUGCAUGCUUUGAGCGGGGACAGAGUUGAGAGAGGCCUUUGCCAAAUAACUUAGCUUUCUUCCUUUGUCCUCACUGUGUUCUUUGCAGAUCAUGCCCAAAGCUUUGUAUCAUAAAAGUACUGUUCCUCAUGUUUGCUACAUGAAUCUGUCAAAAGUAUAUUUUUAAUUUAAUAUGAAUAAAGAUGGAUUCCGUAAACAUUG